AUUUGCACAACCUGCAAUGCCGACGAGCGAAGUCGACGGCACAUUGCCGCCAGGUGCAGCAGCAGGCGAUGAUGGGCAGUCACUGGAUGUCACCGUGGGGUCCCAGACGACACUUCGAGACAGCUCGGACUAUCCGGCAAAUCGAGUUUGUAUGGUCUGCUUCGAUGGUGCGGAAUACGCGACGAAUCCCCUGCUUUGCUGUAGCGUCCCAACAUGCCGGAUGCGAGUUCACUUGGCAUGCUACGGCUCUGGGACCGAGUUAAAGCCACUUAUGCCAUACAAAAGGCGCUCGACGUGGGUUUGCGACGCCUGUGCGAUUGAAAAGCAGCACGGGGCAGAGCCGACACUAAACGCACAACGAACUUGUGUCGUAUGCAAGCUGCCUGGAGGUGCUCUGAAGCCGACAAAAACUGACAACGCUAUGUGCCAUCUAGUUUGCGUGCGAUGGUUGCCCGAACUAAAGCAAGUGCCAUCCGAGUUGCACCCGACGGCAUCUGUCGUGGACGCGGACCUGCUUUAUGGCACACGCAAGUCAUUGAAGUGCCACAUUUGCCAGAAGCGGAACGGGUGCUUGCAGUGCAUGGUAAAGCGAUGCACAAAGGCAUUCCAUGCAGUCUGUGCCCUGCGAGCCCCGGAGACCAAAGUGUACACAGGCAUCACCGAGGCAAACCACCUGGCAUGCAUCUGUGACGCGCACUUCGCCGAAGUACGCGCGACAUUCCGGUCGAUCAAAGACGAGUAUUGGGAUCAGCCGUAUAUUGGUGAAGAAAUCGACGACGUUAUAGAUGAUGGUGACGCGAGCGACACAGGACAAUCCCGGCCACCAACGCCACUGAACGCACCACCCUCUAGCAUGCUGACGCAACCGCCGCUACCGACGAUGUUGGCGCCUGUGGCUCAUUUUGUAAAGCCUCCAACCCCAAACAAAGUCGGAAGACCUCGCAAGAAUCCACUGCCGUCGCAAGACCCGUCCGCUCCUAAACCCAUGCUGCCGCCUCCUCCUGGAAGCACUCAAGCCCCUCUACCGUUCGUGCCACCGCCACCGCCAAUGAUGUCAACUGUCGGCCGCCCACGACCACUGACGCCCCAGACAUAUCCAUCUCCACACCCUCCACACUCCAUGACCGUGUCCUCUAAACCGUCCGACGUGGCUGUCUGCACUUGGUGCAUGCAACCCAUGCUGAGUUCAAUGCUCCAGGUCCAUCAACAGUCUAUGUGUCAAUCCCGACCGUCGCAGCGGAAUUCCACGUCAAAGGAUUCCAAUCAACCGAAAAAGACCCGGGGGCGACCGCCUGGCCCGACCAGCAAAACCAACAAAGACCGACCGCUUCUCCAGCCGCAAGAAGCGCCAGCGAAGAAGGCGGAUGGACCAUCCGGCCCCAAGACCGGAAUGAAGCUGCAACCAUCUCCACUGAUUGCGUCAGCGGGACCUUUCCCAAGACCGAUGAUGACCAUGCAGCCUCGCCCCAUGGCAUCGCAUCCCAUGGCCACAAUCCCUCGACCUCCCGAUGGUCAUCCCACGCCUCCACCCCAACCUGUCAAAGAUAUCCUCAUGGAAAACGCUCUUGGGCUCCUCCGUCUGAACUCUGUCGACCCACUCUUUGCGUCUUGGCCUAGCAUGCUUGGCGGCGGCCUCUUGCAGUCGCGAGACUUCUGGACACAAGUGCUUCAAGCGUUCUUCUCCAAACCAGGUCUCACGCCACCCAAGUGGAAUCCCAUCACACAGUGGUUGGCCGGUGUGUCAUGUCAAGCAUUUCUUCAACCGCUCAAGCCUCCGACCAAGUGCUCCGAUGUCACCACGUUCACCCAGAUAUCGAGCGAGUGGCUGGCCGCGACAGACGUCCGCCACACGUGCGACGCCAUGCUUCAGUCUCAUGGCGUGCGCUGCGCCCAGCCAUUGACACCCUUCACACACAUCAAGUCGUUGACUCGAGAGAGUGAGACGUCGGGCAUUCUGGAAGUUGUCCUUGCCAGCCACAACCGGCCCCUGCUCCAUUGUCGAUUCGCUGUCGUAUGCGCUGUCCACGCACCGACCAACUCGGACGCGCCGAAUGUCGUGUGGAGUCGAUUUCGACCGAACAAUGCGCUUGUGUCGAUGCCCAACGACGCUGAGUCCACCAUUCUGUCGUCCACAACCGCACCAGCGGUAUCGCCACAGCAGCCUCCCCACAAAGAGCUCCCGAUUUGGAUCGCUCUUUUGUCGAGCGAAGAAACGACAGACGUCACCGUAAGCGACAUGUACGACUCCGCGGCAGUGCACGUGACGAACGCUCCUGUCAAAGACGACAUGGCGUUAGAAUCCAUGUUGUGUUGGGAUUUGCUCCAAGAACAACUGAAAGUGAACCGCAUGCGGAUGCAGAGCCUGUGGCGUAAGGCGAAUGCAGCGUCGGCGUCGGACGCGACCGCGGCCGCAAAGCAUGUCGAGAGUCUGUACGAAGAGUAUAACUGGUGGAAGUCGGUGUGCACGAGCAUGAUGAAAGGCACGAACGACAUGCCGUUCUUGGACGACCCUGACGGCAACCUCACGGGUGACCUCCAGUCGUUUGAAGAUGGCACGUGUGUGGUGUGCAUGGAUGGUUACUCGGAAGACUCGAAUCCGAUUAUCUUUUGCGACAAGUGCGACGUCGCCGUUCAUCAGCGCUGUUAUGGCGUCGCGACGAUCCCGAAGAGCGACUUUUACUGCGACAAGUGCAGUGCCAAAGGACCCGUCGUCCCGCAGUGCGCGCUGUGUCCCCAUCCCCAUGGCGCACUCAAACAAACGGUGGAAGGUCUCUGGGUCCAUGUGUUUUGCGCCCUCUGGUGCCCGACGACCUUCCUCGUCAAGGUGCCUCGCAUGCUUUUCCAACUAACGCCAGAUUUGUCCAAAGUCCGAUACGCUACCACUUCGAUCGACGAGUUGGGCAGCACGACUGCUCUCGCUGACGUUGUCGGCCUUCCUCCACCCGUCCAACGUGGUGGACUCUGCCGCGUUUGCCGAAUCGCCACAGGCUGUACGAUUCAGUGCCGCAAUUGUCCAGCGUCGUUCCACCCGCUCUGUGCAUGGUUCGCUGGAUGCUACAUGCAUGUACAAGUUGCAGCAUGUGGCUACGUCUGUGCCGGCGGUGGCCAAGGCCUCCUGUACACAUUGACAUGCCUGGAUCACACGCCACCGGCGCUGCCAUGCCAAGAUCGACACCUUCAACGUUGCCAGCGCGAACAACUGUACAAGUCGACAACUCGCAAUCGUUGCGCCGUGUGUUUUGAGCCCAUGCCGACGAUGUAUCCCCAGCAUCGGUUUGACGCCCUACCGUCCACACAUUUCUUUUUGCGAUGUACGGUCUGCCAUGUCCAAUGCCAUGCGCAUUGCGCGCAUCCCAUCGAUGCAGUCGACUCUCGUACCCCCACCGCAACGUGGCAAUGUGAAAAGUGCGUGGCGCCGGGGUCGCCGGCGGAGCAACCCGCCGCCGUGUCGUGCCUUUUGUGUGAUCUGCCCCAGGGCUACAUGCUUCCCGCUCACAUUCCGUCGGAAGCUCGGACGGCCACUGCCGCCGGUGGCCUAGCAGUGUCCCCACCGCCCGUCCACCCGUACGUCCAUUUGUACUGCGCCAGAGCGUUCCAGCAAUCGAUUCAAAAGACGUCGAAACAAGGGCGCGUCGUCAUGAUAACUGCUGCUGCCGCCCAUGUGAUUCCAUUGCCAUCCCACAAAUGCGUCGUCUGCCACGCAAAAUCCCCCGCGACUCGCCUCGUGACUUGUUGGAAAAAACAAUGCUCGGUUCUGUUUCAUCCGUACUGCAGCGCCACUUCCUUGUGGUUCAGUUGGAAACCCACGCCGAAGGCAAAGACGUUGUAUUGCUGCAGCGAACACCCGCCCGGCUUUGCCGCGUUUGAUGCUGCCAGACAGGUCUGGGUCACUCGGGACACCCUCAUGGCACUCCAGGAGAUUCGUUGCUCUUUGGAACGCGUGCGGAUGUUUAUUAAUUUGUCCAAGCAGCGGGAAAAGGCCAAAAAGCGUUUGUUUGUUCAGUCGGAUAGCCGCGCGUUCGACAAAGUGAUGGAAUUCCUCCAUGUGAAGGCACCGACCAAGAUCAUGAAGGAAUUUUACCACAGCGUGACCAACACACGGCUCGCGGAUGUCCCCAAACGGAAACUGCCCGACGAGCUGGUCAUGCCGAGCAAGGUCGCCCGCACAGAGUCGCCGACCCCCACGAAGGCAGCGCUUUUGACGGAAGCACCGAGCCGAAGCAAAAUGCAAAAACGCCACCAACACGAGGCAACUCGACAACGCUACCGACGCUUCCUCGAAGACUCGCGCGACGAUGCCGAGGAAGAGUCGGACGAAGAAAACGUUCAAGACUACUUGGCCAGGAUGGCGACAUUUUGGUCGCAGCCUGUCGAAGGGGAAGACCAUCCAUCGAUGGACGACGUCAUGGCCGCGCUGUAUCCACACCACGUUGCCGCCGACGCGUUGUAGGAAUACGCCACUUGGUCGCAGCGGCCGUGCCAAAUCUCAAAGUCAUUCAACCACACCGCAUGCCACGAUCCCCAUGACUGUCCAAGCUUAGGCUCCACACAGUCAACACAAUUUGGAUACCAUUCGUUUUUGCAUGCUCC